GCUGAAAGGAGCAUGCAUUGCUAACUAAAACAGCAUUUGGUGAUUUUCCACAGUAGAAGUAGAAGAUGGAGCAGCUAGUGAGCAUGGGUUUCUCCAGCGAUUUGGCCGCCGAGGCUUUAACUGCCACCGGCGGAGAUUCCAUCCAGAGAGCCACCGACUGGAUUCUCUCCCACCGCUCUUCCCCACAAUCCACCGCCACGUUACAGCCCAAACUCGACCGCUUCCUCCGCCUCAAUCCCAAAACCCUAAGCCCCGUCGUGGGUGACGAUUCCAGCAAGCGCCCCAAUCCCGAAACCCAAAUCCCCGGCGCGGCUAUUGAUUCCAACAAGCGCCCCAAGCUCUCAUCAUCCCGCCACCGCCAACACCAGCCAUUGUCGGAGCGUAUGCGUCCUCGCACUCUCGACGAUGUUGUAGGUCAAGACCAUCUCCUCUCACCCGCUUCUCUCCUCCGUUCCGCCGUCGAAUCCAAUCGCCUCCCUUCCAUUGUCUUCUGGGGUCCUCCUGGGACGGGGAAGACCUCAAUCGCCAAGUCUCUCAUCAAUUCCUCUAAGGACCCGUCUCUGUAUCGCUUCGUCUCCUUGUCUGCUGUUACUAGCGGGGUUAAGGAUGUUAGAGACGCCGUUGAGAGUGCCAAAAGGCUUAAUCUUGAAGGUAAAAAGAGGACUGUGUUGUUUAUGGAUGAGGUUCAUAGGUUUAACAAGUCACAGCAAGAUUCAUUCUUGCCUGUUAUUGAAGAUGGUAGUAUCCUCUUCAUUGGAGCCACCACUGAGAACCCAUCUUUCCAUUUGAUCACUCCUUUGCUCUCACGUUGUAGAGUUCUUACUCUUAAUCCCUUGAAACCCAACCAUGUUGAGACCCUUCUUAGACGAGCUGUAGAUGAUUCCGAGAGAGGACUCUCCAAUAGCGUUGAGGUUGAUGAUUCUGUCAUUGUGUUCUUGGCUAAUAACUGCGAUGGUGAUGCACGCGUCGCCUUGAAUGCUUUGGAAAUUUCAGCUACUAUGGCUACCGCUCGAGCCGGAUCUGAGGCUGUUGUGUCUAUUGAUGAUGCAAAAGAGGCUCUUCAGUGCAAACAUUUGGCCUAUGACAAGGCAGGGGAUCAACAUUACAACCUCAUAAGCGCACUUCACAAGUCUAUGCGAGGAGGAGAUGCUAAUGCUGCAAUCUACUGGCUGGCUAGAAUGCUCGAGGGUGGUGAAGAGCCACUUUACAUUGCGAGGAGACUUAUAAGGUUUGCAAGCGAGGACAUUGGGCUUGCUGAUCCUUCAGCUCUUACCCAGGCAGUUGCGUGCUAUCAAGCUUCGCAUUUCUUGGGUAUGCCUGAAUGCAAUGUGAUUCUCGCCCAAUGCACCGCUUACUUGGCACUGGCUCCUAAAUCCGUUGCAGUUUACAGAGCAAUAGGAGCUGCACAGAAGGUUGUGAAGGACUCGGUUGGACAGAAUGAAGGAGUCCCUCUACACCUGAGGAACGCUCCAACCAAGUUAAUGAAGGAACUUGGCUAUGGAAAAGAGUAUAUAUAUCCUCCGGAUGAUCCUUCUUCUGCGGCAGCUCAGACAUAUUUACCUCCGUCUCUUCUGCAUUAUAAGUUCCUGGAAUGGCCACACGGUGCUUCAGGUGAUCUCCAAGAUCAAGAACACAAGCUCUAACCGCUAUUCUUUUUUCUUUUCUUUUUGGUAUGUGAUGUAUAGAGAGAAUCAUGUUGUUCAAGUCUUUGAAGAGGCUACACUUUAAUUUGUGG